AUGCUUUUACCAAGUGGCUACUGGGCCUCUAUUCCCCAUUCUUCCUACAACACCCUUCGAAGGAGAGAACCCCAAAAUCCGGAUGCACCAGGCCUUAAGGGAAACAAGAAUGGUCCCCCUGGACCUGAAGGCAAUCAAAAAGGACCGCCCGAUCCUCCUGAGGCUUCCCCGAGUGCUUCUAUUCCUCCGGCUUCCAUUUCCGUGUUCUCAAGCUCGGCUGGUCCUGCUAUCAUUACAUCGUCCUUUGUUAUCACCUCCAGUGCCUCUGCCUCAACGACGACUCGCGAGGUCUCCUUGCUCACCUCUAGUACUCCACCGCCUGAUUCAGAAUCAAUAUCGUCCUCGAUCUCCGUAACUUCAACUACGAUCACAGAAAACCUUUCGUCCAGUACGUCGUUCGUGUCGACAGUGCCUUUGGUCAAUCCUACCAGCCUCGUUUCGUUGUCUUCAACCGCCUCCGAUACAUCGUUCCUAGCCAGCACAGCAUCAAGGUCGUCAUCCGCAACUGAGACGACACUGUUGGCGUCAUCCACAGCGAAGACAACAUCCCCGUCAAGCCUUGCCUAUACAACAAGCGCCACUGCGAUUGAGACCCCAUGGGGCUACCAAAGCCAAAAUGGGACCAUCGCAUCCGAAUCUGAUAGUACUCUUUCGCAAGGACAAACGGCGGGUAUUGCGAUUGGGACUCUUCUUGGUUUCUCUUUGAUUCUGUCGCUGCUGUAUUGGCUCUUUAAGCGGCGCAGGGGAGAAGAUCCUAAGUCGCUGCUCAGGCUUGCAUGGCGCCAACAAUCUAAGUCUCCCGAUUCCCCUUGGCCUCGGAACCAACCGUUCAACGUGCUGCCCGAUUCUCCAGCGGCGGAAGCCAACUUCGGCGGUGAUCCAGCAUGGAACUACCAAGAAACCUUUGCGCGGCCUCCCAUGAUCGCCAAGGCACGACAGUCCCUGACUAGAUCUCUGAGAUUCCUUCGAGUCAAUCCCCUGGGCAUGAACCCAGUGACGCCUCCCGAGUCCAGGCCCAGGACCCCGAGCCGGAAAUCAUUCGCCUCGUCGUUCUUCCACCGGCGCUCGACAGCUUCAACCUUGCGCAGCGUAUCCGUCCCUGCUUGCGAGGAACAACCCGUGCCUAUGAGGGGCCCGCACUUCCUGCGGCCUCUUUUUAUACCUCCCUUCAAGUUGAAACCGGCCUCGCUGUCUUUUCCAUCCGCAGAAGCCACGAAAAGCGCCUCAGCCAGUACUCACUCUUUAACAAUUCCGCCACAAACCCUUCCGCAUCCAAUGCGCCAGCAGCGGAGGUACAGCCACGUUGGUACGUCUUCCGAAAGCAUAGAUCCUCGGUCUGCAAGGGCGAUAUUCGAUCGGACGAGACCUCGCAAGCCAUCAAAACUGUCAAGAUCACAUACCGCUGCCCCUUCUGUCGCCGGUGCAGAAAUGCCGCGCGGGUCUGAGAAGGAUCUUCCACCUCCGCUCCCGCUCCUCCCCGCUGUUCUGCCUCAGCAACUUCUUUCUACAGCAUCUCAUUCGCGGAAAAGGGGGGAGACCCUUCGUCCCUCCAACUCUUUACCCGACAGCAGCCAUGUGGGCGGCUUAUGCGCCAACGCAGGGGACGGGGUCAACACUCCUUCUUCUCCUCCUCCUCCCCCGCCGCCGCCUCUUAAGAGUCCAAAGAGAGCCUCGACCGCUUUGAGCGGCAGAGCGAAGGGGUGA